AUGGGCUACUCCUUUGCACCAGUCAACAACCGCGAUGGCCUCAUCGCCAUGUGUAUCAUCUUUUCGAUCUCCUCUACGACAGCAGUCGUCUUGCGAUUCUAUGCCCGCAGGUUUAAAGGUUUACAAUUCCAAGCUGAUGACUGGCUGAUUGCUGCCUCUUUGGUGUUUGUUCUUGGUCUGAACGCCAUGUUUCUCGCUGGAUGCAUCCAGAAUGUUAUCACUGGUCAUUCGCCCGUUGUGAAUGACUUUCCCGUCUCGACCGAAAAAGAGCACAUGGCUGAAAGGUAUAAAUAUGGAUUUCAAACCACGGAGAAGCUUGCUUUCGGCUUGAUCAAGUUAUCGAUCUUGUUCUUGUGGCGAAGGAUCUUCGGCCACGUCCGCGCUUUCAACAGAGCCAGCUGGGUCAUGAUCGGCAUCGUGACAGCAUGGAGCUUGGCUUUCUUCUUUGCAACCGUCUUCCAAUGCGGACUGGAUUGGAGCCGUAAUUGGGCACCAAUUGAAAUCUUUCUGACACAAUGCUCCAACACUCUGGACAUGCUAAGCGUAUUCACUGCGACUGAUAUCAUCACUGAUCUCAUGAUUAUCGCCAUGCCCAUUCCAAUGGUGCGCGAAGAUCUCUGA